UCCCUCCCUGCAGGUGUGAAUGACAGAGGUGGUGCCGUCCAGCGCCCUCAGCGAGGUCAGCCUGCGCCUCCUCUGCCACGAUGACAUAGACACCGUGAAGCAUCUGUGCGGCGACUGGUUCCCCAUUGAGUACCCAGACUCAUGGUAUCGUGAUAUCACCUCCAACAAGAAGUUCUUUUCCCUUGCCGCAACUUACAGGGGCGCCAUCGUGGGAAUGAUAGUAGCCGAAAUAAAAAGUAGGAGCAAGAUACACAAGGAGGAUGGAGAUAUUCUAGCCUCCAACUUCUCUGUUGACACGCAGGUUGCAUACAUUCUAAGUCUGGGAGUAGUGAAGGAGUUCAGGAAGCACGGCAUAGGUUCCCUUUUACUUGAGAGUUUGAAGGAUCACAUAUCAACCACCGCCCAAGACCACUGCAAAGCCAUCUACCUGCAUGUCCUCACCACCAACAACACAGCAAUAAACUUCUAUGAAAACAGAGACUUUAAGCAACAUCACUAUCUCCCCUAUUAUUACUCCAUCCGAGGGGUCCUCAAAGAUGGCUUCACCUAUGUGCUCUACAUCAACGGCGGCCAUCCUCCCUGGACAAUCCUGGACUACAUCCAACACCUGGGCUCUGCGCUAGCCAACCUGAGCCCUUGCUCCAUCCCGCACAGGAUCUACCGUCAGGCCCACAGCCUGCUCUGCAGCUUCCUGCCGUGGUCUGGCAUCUCCAGCAAGGGAGGCAUUGCCUACAGCCGGACCAUGUGAUGCCAGCUGGGCAGCCGCCAGCAGGCCCUGCCCUCCGGCACCCCGCAGAACCGCCUUCCUGGCUGUUGGACUUCUGUCAUCUGCAGAGGAGCCGGUGACCCUUUGCCGGGCCCGUUGGCUUGCCCCAGCUGCAGGCCCGGUGCUACGCAGGCUCAGAGCAGAGCGUCGCGGGCACACCUGGUCUCUGACAGGUACGUGGGAGCGGGUGGCAUGGGGAGAGGGGAGCAGAGCCCCGUGGGAUGGUGGUACCAGGAAAUGAAGCCCGUGCCGCCCUCAUCUGUAAAAACAGGAGGGCCUGAGUGGCACUUCAGGCACCGGGAUGUUGGGAAGUGGUCCCAAGAGCUGAGGUAGCCUGACUGACUUUCAGAAACUUCAGGAAGGGAAACUGAGUCCUUGAGCCCUUGGCCAGACUUCUGUCUUUUCACUUCCUGAACUACAUUUUAAACAGGAAUGCAUUCACGUGGUUCAAAAAUGGAGAAGGCACCAAAAAAUCAAGCUCCUCCUCCCGCCGGCCCCAACCACUCAGCUGCCCUCCUUCUGCAUCGUGGCCGAGCACCCAGGUCUGCUUUGGCAGCAGUUGCUUGGGGCAGGUGCCUGGUAAACCAGAGCUCUGCUCAGAUGUGCCCACUUCUGAGGUCAUGAGUGCCACAGAGAGCUAUCUCUCAGACUUCCAAGCCACAAGGAGUCACACGGACUGCCAGGCCCACACCCUGGUGCACGGACGCAGCCCAGAGCACUUGGGUGCUGGGGGGGACUCACGCAGCGGCACUGCACGACCACCUGGGCUGGAUUCCCCCAUCUGUGCCUUGAUUUGUGUGCAGACUGGGAAGGACUCCGGGCCUGGAGGGCUCAUGCUCCAGGCUAGAGCAGGACAUCUCCCUGGGGCCCUUCACCCCUGCUCCCCUCUUCUUUCCCACAGGCUCUUCCAGCCCUCUUUCCUUUUCUGGUAACCUCCGGAAACCGCCGCAUCUGCCUGCGUGCGCCCUGGUCCCGCCUUCACGCACGUGCGCCAGCCCUGCUGGCCGGCUGGGGUGUGGCGGCAUUCACUGUGGUCUCUUUCCCCUCUGAUUUCUUCCCCUCCGCUGCCGGUUCCUUCUAGCUCCUUUCUCCAAAGCCGGAGUGAACUUUCAUUGGAAGGGAGGAACCCAGGUGGUAGGGACAGACCUCACCCUAAAGACAGGGGAGCCUCAGAACAACAAGGGGGUGAAAGGGAAUACCAGAUCCUUGUCCAAAACCAGCCCGCAGAAGCCUGGGGUGGGGGGAGCAGCCCCUGCCUCUCUGUGAGGGGCUGUCGCUUGGUGGACAGAGCCCAGAGGCUUUUCACCCAAGCACAGAGCUCGUGUUGGGUCCAUGGUCAAAGGAGCGAGACUGAUAGAAAGCGAAGGUCAAGCAAAGUUUUAUUUCGCACCAAGCAUCAAGAAUCAAACUGAUCGGCCAGGGCCGUCUCUUGCAAAGAGGGGACCCCUCCCAGCCUCACAGACUAACUUUUAUAGAGUAAAGGCCAUGUGGUUGAGCCUGGCCAUAUACAGGUGGCCAGUUGAAUUACAGUUCACCCUAUAGUAGUUAUUUGAUUCAGCCUAUAACCUUGGCUAGAAUUGGCGCCUUUGUCUGGUGCCUAAAAGGCGGGGCUCACACUUCUUGGCGGGUAAUACAUGCACUUUCACUUGAUUAGACAUCUCCACCUGGCCGAACACGUCCCUGUAUCUGGGCUCCGUUAUCUCUGCUCAGCCUGACAUGUCCUGGUAUCUGCGGUCUGUUAUUGGGGCUAUUUGGCCGUAUUUCAUCGGUUCUGUUUCUAAGCGCUUUCCUCUUGGGGGAAGGGGCAGGUUCAAUCUAAGUUUUCUGCAUAAACAAUAAAAUGGCUCGCUCUGGCUAAGCAGGCCCUUAUACUCGGGGGCUUAGACCCUGACUCGGGAGGUCAAGUCCUCCAGUGCCCUCCUGCUGAGGGCUUCUCACUGUCUUCGGGAGCGUGGAUCUGCCUAUUAGAUGGCAGGUGUUGGCUCACCUGAGCUUCCCCCAGAGCUGGGCUGAGGACAGGGGCAGUGAGGUUCCCGGGGGUCCCCUCCCCAGCCCCCAAGUCCAUGAGCUACAGCUCCCAAGAUGAAGACAGGAGGAAGUCGAGUGCUCUGGAUCCAAUGGGGCCCGGCCUUUGGGGCUGGGGGCCAUCACGUGCCUUGCGGCCCCUCAGCCCGCAGGGGCAGAGACAGGAGAGGCUGUCAGAGCCAAGAAGUGUGCGUGCGAACAUCACUCGCUUCUGGCGUCACCCUUACCCCCACCCCCACUGCUGCUUGCCGCCUGCCCUGCCCUCUGCAGUAGAGGGGGGUGGCAGUCAUGCCCAGUGUUGCUGCAGUGUCAUGGAGCCAUGGCCGCGGUGCGCCGGCCUUAGGGCAGGAGAAGGGGGAAGCAACCAGGCUGAGGGCCGAGGGCCGAGUGACUGCCAUGCUCCCCUCCCCCAGAACUUCCCAGCCUGGAGCCGCCUCCACUCUCCGGGUGGGAGAAAGAGGAGGGCGAGCCCUGGGCCGGGGAAGCACUUUUCCUCCUCCAACCACCUUCUGACUGGCGGUGUCCCCCCUCAGGGACAGGUCCCCGGCUCGCUGACCUGUCCCCACCUCUGCACUGACCUUGGCGACAUGCUGAGGCCCAGCUUGGUGUUCUCUCUCAUCUGAAUCAACGGUGACUGUGUGAUUUUUAUUUCUGCCCCGAGGGGUCAGGAAGAGUCUUCUGGAAGGUUUUGCCUUGGACAUUCAUAAUCGAGCUCAGAGGCCUUGCCCUGCCCUUCCCUCCGUGCCCCCAAUCACUGCAGUGUCCAGCCCAGUGUUGAACAGAUUGUAGUGUUUUGUCUCAUUAUAAAUAAACAGACUUUAAUUGGUCA